UGGCAGAAUGUUUGCAUGUACAAACUGGUUAAAAUUUAACCCACCACCAGGAGACUUGGGAAUAUGACCUGCAUUUACCAGAAUGUUCUGCAGAAAUGUUCUUUCUGGAAAACACAUGAUGCAGCGAGGUGGAGUUUCAGAGGACAGCAGGAUUUAAAACUUUUUAGCCAAAUCCUGACCUUCUGCAAUUAAACUGAAGUGUAUUCAUGAGCAGCUGGGGGAAAGUAAAAUGACUAGUCCUGUAUUUUCAGUGUUUUCAGUCUCCUGGACUCUUCUGCUCCCCCUGCUGGUUGAGAGUAUUCCUAUUUUUACCAAAACCUUUCCUUUAGAUUGCUCUGAUGUUUAUUCUAACGGACAAACGCUCUGUGGCGUUUACACCAUUUACCCUACAGAGGACACACCUGUACAGGUGUACUGUGACAUGGAAUGUGGGGAAGGUCAAGCAAAGCAUGAGAAGUGGACGGUGUUUCAGAGGAGAAUGGACGGCAGUGUGAACUUCUUCAGACCAUGGGAACACUACAAGAAAGGGUUUGGGAGUUUGAAUGGAGAAUACUGGCUGGGACUGGAGAACCUCCAUCAAAUCACUCGAAAGGGAAAAUAUGAGCUGAAAGUGGACCUGCAGGAUUUCGAGGGAGCAUCUGUUUAUGCACAAUACACUUCUUUCUCUGUGGAAUCGGAAAAUAAUGGCUACAAACUCAAUGUGAACGGCUUCAUCAAUGGAGGUGCAGGUGAUUCUAUGGUUGUACACAACGGGCAGAAAUUCUCCACCUUCGAUAAAGACCAGGACUUAGAUGCACUUGGGAACUGUGCUAAACGCUACCUCGGGGCUUUUUGGUACCAAAAGUGUCAUGAUGCUAACCCUAAUGGGAUUUACAUGUGGGGACACAAUGGAACUUAUUUUGCCACAGGAAAUGUGUGGAAUACUUGGAAAGGACUUGAUAAAGGUCUCAAGUACAUCGCAAUGAAGAUCAGACCUGUAGCAAAGUGAUGGGUUUCUCUUUAUAACUUCACUGUUCUUAAUGGAGGAGUUUGGCAUUGAAGUGAAAAUGGAAGUGAUGGUGUUUGGUGUUGCUGAAGGUGGAAGUGAUAGUAGAGGUGAUGAUGAUUAGUUAGAUAGAAGUUUAUCCGAGCCGGUGGUGAUGGUACUGAAGGAAUAAAAUUCCCUUGAACAACACGAGGAAGAACUUUUGAAAGGAACCAGAUUCAGAAGGGACCCAUCUUCAUCAUAUUGACACUUAAUGUCCAUUCACUAAAGUUUUAUCAUUGUUGAGGUCAACAACUAUUUACUGAUGAAAUCUCAAGUGUAAAUCUGUUUAUGGAAAUUGCUGAAAUUGUUCAUUCAACAUUCCAAAAUGUAAAUAAAAACAGAAUGCAAUGA